AGGGGGAGAUGAGGGAGGAGGAAAAUAAGAAGGCGAUUGUUGGGGAGUUGGAGAUGAUUAUAAAGGCUGGAAUGAGAGAGAGACAGAUUCACCACACAUACACACACAGGAACAGGAACAGAAGUUGCAGAAGAUUGCCUGGACUUAUAAUCACAUAGACACCAUGUUGAGAAAGCAUCCUGCUCCUCCACUCCUUCUCUCCAUCACCUUACUCAUCUCCUCCAUAUUAGCAUCGUCAUCAUCAUCACCACCACACAAUGCCACCCACCAUCCCGGCGUUCCCAAUCCGCAUUUUUUCAGUCCCGGUGAAGACUACAAUGAUUACAAUGAGGAAUUAACUACAGAAACGACACACAAAACCAUGGGUUCUCCGCCUCCGCCCUGCGAGUACGACUCCUGCAAAGACCAGCAGGAGUCGUGUCAGAAGCUCGCACUCACUCUGUCCUGUUCCUGCCCCGGUAUCAGCGGCCCCUUUGAACUUCCGGACACUCCAACCCUCUGGAGGCUGUCUUUAGAACCCAGUGGAAUGGUGGUAGUACGGUGGUGCGCGCCAUCCUCCACGGUCACGCACUACCUCGUUCAGGUGGAGGGUCAGGAUGAGGCGCGUGAUGCGAGAGAGAAUAGGAGGAUGAUGGAGCUGGGAGAUAUAGCUCCUGGCACUGAGGUGUGCGUGGAGGCGGUGAACAAGGCAGGCGUCAGCACCCGGACGAGCUCCUCGUGCGCUCGCUUCGAGAGCUCCGAGACGACGUUCACCGUCAAGUUGGUGCUCGUCGGAGCAGCAGUGGUGUUGGUGGUAGUGAUCGUGUCAGCGCUGUUGCUCUGGUGGUGCAGGAGACACCGGAAAACUCCAACACGGACAGCAAACCGAGGAACCGACAUGGUUCUCUGAGGGAGAGGAAGAACAAAGCAGGAGAUCUCUAAUAACUGUUGCUUGAAAGAUUUUUACUGGAAUGUCUAUGUGUACAAAAGCACUUUAGUUACAGUAUUGUUUGAGUAUUAAUUGUAUGUGAUUUUUUUUUGUGGAUUUCUACUGCUACUAUUAUUAUUAUUAUUAUUAUUUUAAUAUAUAUAUUUCUUUUUGUGGAAGUAUUUUAUCUUGAAGUUUUAUGCUACCUUUGUGCGUAAGAGAGAAGUGAAUUGAUGAUGAUUUAACAGAUAUAUAUAUAUAUAUAUAUUCAAUUUUUUCCAACCUAUGUAGUGAAAACCAGCUCCCAUGAAUGUACUCAUCUGCGCACAACGCUUGUCCUUGCUGAAAACUCUGCGCUCAUGUUUACAAUACAGCUGGAAACUUUAAACUCUUUCCCCGCUGAGGUUCUGCCAUCAGUCAUAAAACACUUAGCUUGUUUUUCCCUAUAACAAUAUGACCCUCUGAUUGGCUGGAGUGUGACCGAUCAGAGCCAAAGGGUUCAGAACAAAAAAAACAGAUCAGCGUGAGCAAUGCACGAUCAUCAGCCAUUGCAAUUGCAGUGAGCACAUUACAUAUGGUAGCCUUUAGGGGGCAGAGCUGAACAGCUUGGUUCUGAGUCUGGGUCUAAAAAGGACACAAAAAUUGCCUAAUACAUUUCAUAUUAUGAAUCACGGUUCUUUAUGUGCCACAGCGCUGUUGAAUUCUCGAUUCUGAUUGGUCAGAUGGUGGUGAUUAGUUGUCUGUAAGGAGAUGUUUAUUUAACAUUUAUGGAAGGAGUCUCCAGUGUCAGCGCUUUGUAAGACUCAGAGGUAAAGCUGUAACUUUAAGUUUUCCAACAUCUUCAGGACAGAGGAGUUUACGUUUUACAGUUUCUCAGUAACAUGACAAGCUGCAUUUAUAUUUUUUGUCUUAUUUACUUCAAGAGAGAGAGGCUGGUGAGGGAACGACUGUUUAUAGCUGCUAUAACAUAAGUGCGAACAUGAACUAACUUGUGUUGUGGGCGUUCUAUAACAAUAAAUGUGAAUAAAAAUACAUAAAAUGUAUGAUGUGUCAUUCUCAGCAAAUUGCUGGUAUAGGAGGAAUAAAACACUUCCGGACAUGCUUUUAUAGGAAAAUAAUUCAGGGUGGUAACCGUAACUCCGCUUCCUACUUUCAUAUAACAGCAUGCCCUAAAUGUUUUAUUCUUUAUGCGAAAUUCUUGGACUAUUACAUGUUUGUCUAAAAUGACUCCAAACAUUUGUGUUUUUUUUUUUGUUUUUUUUUUUUGAAUCCAUAAAAGUGGAAUUCCAGCCACACGUUGCUUUAGUAACACGCAGUGGUCAUUCGUAUUGGCUAGUCAAGGCAAGCUAGCUGUAGGUGCUCUUUCAAACAGUUGUACGCAAUGCUCAAAGACAAUAAAGACGUUAGGACAUUAUAUUUAAAAAUAGAGAGCGAGGCCAUUCAGCAAAAGGAAAAAAAACACUCUUCUGACUGUUCUUGAUGUUUGUGACUCGAGUUACUCAGUGGUGCCAACUAAUAAAGUGGUUUCAGGCAACAGGGUGAAACUGGGACGAGGAAAUGCAAUCUGGGAACUUUCCGUGGAAAACAGAGACCUCUGAUUACUCUAGGUUCUUUAUGUACUUGCUCAUGAAGAUGACAAGUGAGGCAGCAUUCAUUAGAGCAAGUGAUUAAACUGUUUUGUAGUGAACGAGUAUAUAUGUGUGUGUACGUGUGUGUGUCAUGGUCUGAGAAUGUGAUUGAGUAACUGUUUAAUGCACUCCAACCACAGCAUGCUGAAAUCACUGAUGGUAUUAACCACAGAACCACAUUUCCGUCAUCGAUGCAAUUCACACAAGCUCACUGCCGGCUAUUAAAAAUGAUUAAACCCCAGCUGAAUGCUAAGGAGUUGUCUAACUAAAUACCUGCAUUGUUGUCAUUGCUUUCUAAAUAUACUGUUGCUUGGGGUGUGACUGUAAUGAAAUCCUCUUUCAGUGAGUAACCUUUAUUCUUGAUCUUGAUCUAAUGUGGUGUCGUUACUUUAAUUUAAUUACUGGAGUUAUUAAUUGUCACUGGUGUCAUAAGUACAAGCCCAGUGACAGUAACACCAAUAACAAAUUUCCACUGAAGAGCUAUUUUCCAAGAUGGUGUCAGUGGUGUCUCGACAUUAAUCCCACCAGCACCAAUAAACUAUUUGGUUAAUUCAUUAAUCAGAUUUUUUUUGGUAAAAAUUACUUCACAGGAAGAUUGAAAGGUGUAACUCUAACGACACAUCUAUUAUUAACAGAUAAAAUAUUUUUCCAACACUUGGCACUUACAUUUUUUUUAAAUAUACGCAAUUUUAAAAAAGCACACAAUAAUAAAGAAUCAAAGAGUCUUUUUUUUUUUUGUUACUUAGACAUUUUUAAAGUUAUACAAUGAUGUCGUAUAUGUGGGACAUUUUGAAAAUGUUUAAAGUUAAGCGACAUGUUUGUCAGCAUAUUCUGAGACUUCUCUUUUGGUUUGUCUCUUUAAGGGGAACUCUUUGCUGAAUCAAUGACCAACAGAAGGAAGUUACAGAAGCUAUCCAAAAAAAUUCUCUGUAAGAUUUUGCCAACCGGACUAUUAUAUAAUGGCAUGUAAAAGUUACCUGUUAUUUCCAUCUUUUAUGUUUAUGGCUUUUUUACUGUAGUAAAUGAAAUUAUAUAUGAAACAUUGAUAUAAAACCGUGCUGCAUCUACAGGGUUUGCUCAGUGAUGAGAACUCAACUCAGUAAUGAGAGUUGGCGAGAGAAGCCAGAGAUAAUACCACAGUGUAACGGGGGGAGAAUUGAGCCACCAACACACAGCAAGUUUGACUCAAGACUGAGCACUGAGUGAGUGGAGAGCUCUCCUUAAAGGUGCACUAGGUAAGAUUAGGUCUCUAACAGUUGGGUUCAGGUGGGUUCAAGAUUUGAACAUUUCCCACCCAUGUUCCCAAAGCUCCGCCUCCUGGAUCUACGGUGACCCGUAGAGUAGUGUCUAUAAAAUGACUGACAAGAGGUGCAUCCAAACACAAACAAGCAUUCUGGACUGGAAGUCAGUUUUCCAAACGGGAUUUCUCAGCCUCUUAGUACACUUGUGCUGAGGUCAUGGCUUAAACCAAUUUUUUUUUUUUUUUAAUCAUGUUGUAAGUAUCUUUCAGGUUAUCUGUACAAUUAAGAAAUACUACUACUACUAAUAAUAAUAAUAAUGAUAAUAAUAAAAUCAACUAUUGUGCCUUUAAAUAAACCCAGACACAGGUGACACUGAUUGCCAGUGAUUAUUAUUAAGACGGUGCUCUCUAGCCUCACCCUAACCCUCUGGUGGUGAAAACAGGGAUAGCAACAUCACUGCUUGCUCUCUGCCUCCCUCUGGUGAUGGCGCUCUCAUAAACUUUUGGUCCUCUCUUCUUUCUGAUGAUUUGGGUCCACAGUAGAGACAAUAACAGCAGAAAAAUGUGGAUCGGACAUUGGCUUGUGUAACAAAUGGCAAAGAUUGGAAUUGGAUUUGGGAGAGAAAUUUGUUUUCGGAACUGGAAAUGUUUUUCAUUUGUUGCGCUUGAAUUUUGUUAUAUUUAUACUUUAUUAUAUUUAUUAUAUUUGCAUCGCAAGUGAUGUUUGUGUGAAAGAGUUUAACUGUGAAGUGCUUCAGUUAAAAACAAAGCAAAAAUUUAAAGCUUAGUAGUUUUUAUGAAAACAAUAUCAAAAGGUAAUCGAUAUCGGCUAAUACACGAGGUUUCGUUUUCAAUAUUGGUGUCAGAAAAGAAAAGUGUAUUUUGUGGUAAAAAGUGGUAUUUUGCCAUCUCUAGUGCACAGGCAUCACUUUCUUUGUAUUGGUAACCUCUUAAAUAUAGCAUCACUGUUAUCAAGCAAACUGUCCCAUACAUGGUUGAUAGAUGUUAGUGGGAGUUACUAGCAACUCAGCAGAUUUCUAUUUAGAGCUCUAUUUAUACCAAUAUUUGUCCAACUUACACCAAUUGUGACCAAUAAGUGAGAGGAUGAAAAGAGAGUGUAUAUGAUGUAUUUGUCAGUAAACAGUACAAAUUUAGUUGCUAUAAAAGAUGACCUGGAUAUGUUUUAUAGCACAUCCGUUGCUAUAAAAAAAAAUCCAAAUAAAGAACAAGAAUCUGCGCAAUUACAAAAGAUGUUUCCUU